AUGGGUCACAGCCUGGAAGCUCUGGCCGAGAACGGCAUUUCCAUCCACAGCACCAUCGAGGAUGCUUCUGCUCCCGAGCAUAUCGAAAAUCUGGCCGGAAUAAUCUGUGAUCAAAACGAUACCAUCCAGUCACGCUUCCGCUUGGACUCAGAAGAUGAUUGUGAAGCCUAUACGCGCACCAAGCUUUGGCAAAGACUCGGCAAGCGCGAGCGAACAAAUGUCGAGGAAAGCGCUUUUUCUGCGGAUCGUAUCAGGCUGGAGGCCGAGGAGAUCAUAGCCAAAGGUGGAUCGGAGAAGAAGUGGAAUGACUUCUUUGGCGCGUUCUUCUUCAAACCUUUAUUUGACAGAUGCAAAAUCCAGCGAGAGGAUUCAAGACACACACGCCUGAGGAAACUUUAUUCGGAUUCGUUUGAAAUGGAGGGCGAGCGCGACUGGCACUUAUUCCACAGGGGCGGAGGAUACCGAUCCCGACAUCGCAGAGAGCUCUCGAUGCCAAGGCCAGACUAUGCCUGUUAUUUUCGCAUUCACAACACAUCAACAACGAAGAUGCGCGAACCAGAUUGUGAGGUGAAAACGACACCGGACUAUCCCCAUGGUGAUCUCGUCGAAAACUUCUCCAUCGAUGUGCUCAAGGAACUCGCCAGCCAUGGGCUAUUCUCCUGUCCAGUCAUCAAGCCUGCAAAAAGGGGCUAUGGAUCGAAGGGAGACUUCUAUCGCAGCAAUGAGAUGAUUUGCUUUCCGUGGCUUGUGUGCGAGCUGAAAAAGAAAGAGCAGAAGAAGGAAACAGAGUGUCACUGCCAAACAGCCAGUGCUAGUUCCGCAGCUGUCAUGAUUAUGCAAGCAGCGGCGCGCUACGCCGAGCCAGGAGCCAACUCCGAGCACGUCCCACCUGUGGUGUCUAUCACCGCAAUUGGACCUCAUGUCACGGUCUGGAUCACAUACCUGGUUCCAGAGGAUAACCAAAUCGAUGAUGUCGAAACUGAGGAUGAAGGGUCAGAGGGCUCCGUUGCUGGGGAUGCAUUUGAAAUGGUUGGUAUCUGGACAGGCGACAUGACGAACGUAUGGGACAUCCUUGCGUUGCAGGCAAUCCUGGAAAAUGUUCACAUCUGGGCCACGCAGACGCUGAAGCCCCAAAUUGCGAGAUAUAUUGGACAAUGGCAGGAGAAUUGCCGGGAAGAUUCGAUGAGUGACAGCUCUUCUGCAUCUUCCGAAAUCAGCGCCCAGUUCGCCAGUCUCAGAUUACGUCUGGACCGUUUGCAGGCUAAAGUUGAAAGUCGUUUGCAGAAGGACAUCAAUGUAUGA